AUGGAGAAAGAAGAUUUUGUUUUAUCGAUUCUUCCAGACACUAGACAUAUAACAUGUACGCUUAAUAUCGCUCAACAUAAAAAGACGCAAGGGAUUUCUAGCCAUUGUUUGCAAGAACAUUUAAACGGCAAUCUACUUGGAAAUGAAGAAAAAAAAACAUUUUCAUGUUCAGUAAAAGGUUAG